AUGCAAGACCUCAAUGGGCCUGUUGGCCAGGGUGCCCCUAAUGGCCCUGCCAAUCGCUUCGGCCAUGCUUCCAAACCUUCCAACAGCGAUACCGGCUUUUCACACGGCGCCUUCAACUCAAACAUCUCGGGUUUCGCUGAUCGACACCCUCGAAGAGGCAACAUCCCCUCAAUCAAUACGCAGCCCCAGCCUAUGGCCCAGCAGGCUUCCAACAAUGGAGCAGAUAUGGCAACGCCAGGUACUGCAUUUGACAUGCAGUUUACUCCUCUGUUGCCUUCUCAGCUGCUUCUCGGUAGCCCUUUCCAGCCCGGAACUCCAGCUGCAUUUGCUAGUCCUCAGUUCCAGAGCCUUCCUGGCUUUCAGCAGCAGCAGGGAAACCAUCAGCAGCAAAAUGGUAUUUCGAGCCCUGUGCAGCAGACUAUCUCGCCUCAGUCAUAUGGAGGAAUAGUCUCUCCUUCUACAUAUGGUGCCCCUCAAUUCUACCCUCCCCAGUCCCCUACUGGUGGCUUCGGUAUGCAGGCACCUCUGCCUCCUACCUCGCCUGUCUCAAUGGGCUCUGGCGUCGUUACAGGAACUAGCCGAACGGUCUAUCUGGGUAACAUUCCCCCGGACACUGUCGCCGAGGAGAUUCUUGGCCAUGUUCGAAGUGGUCAGAUCGAGUCAGUUCGUCUUCUGCCCGACAAGAACUGUGCUUUCAUCUCAUUCCUUGAUGCUAGCUCUGCCACUCACUUCCACUCUGAUGCCAUCUUGAAAAAGCUCUGCAUCAAGGGUCAGGAUAUCAAGAUCGGCUGGGGCAAACCUUCCCAGGUUCCUACUUCUGUCGCUUUGGCUGUUCAGCAGUCAGGGGCUUCGCGAAACGUCUAUCUUGGCAACUUGCCUGAGGAGGUGUCCGAGGAGGAACUAAGAGAGGACCUUGGUAAGUUUGGUGCCAUUGACACAAUCAAGAUCGUCCGCGAGAAGAGCAUUGCGUUCGUACACUACUUAUCGAUUGCCAACGCCAUCAAGGCUGUCUCUCAGCUCCCGCAAGAGCCCAAGUGGCAGGCCCCUCGUCGCGUGUACUACGGCAAGGAUCGAUGUGCCUAUGUCUCCAAGACGCAGCAACAGAAUGCUGCUCAGUACUUGGGCAUUGCUCCUGGGUAUGCCCAUAUGUUGACAGGUGCCGAUCGUGAUUUGAUCUCGAACGCUCUGGCUCAACAAUCUGUUGCUGCCGCUGCAGUUGCCACAACCGCUGGCGGCAUCAACAACCUCGGUAACCGAACCAUCUACCUUGGUAACAUCCAUCCCGAGACGACAAUCGAGGAAAUUUGCAAUGUUGUUCGCGGCGGACUUCUUCACCACAUCCGUUACAUCCCCGACAAGCAUAUUUGCUUUGUUACCUUCAUAGACCCUACCGCAGCUGCUUCUUUCUAUGCGCUCAGCAACAUUCAGGGUCUUAUGAUCCAUAACCGACGCCUCAAGAUUGGCUGGGGCAAGCACUCCGGAGCCCUUCCUCCUGCCAUUGCCCUGGCUGUGAGCGGCGGUGCUUCUCGAAACGUCUACAUCGGUAACCUCGACGAAACCUGGACCGAGGAGCGCCUGCGACAAGACUUCUCCGAGUAUGGCGAGAUUGAGCUCGUCAAUACCCUACGUGAAAAGAGCUGUGCUUUCGUCAACUUCACCAACAUUGCCAAUGCUAUCAAGGCGAUUGAGGCUAUCCGCGGUCGGGAAGAUUACAGGAAGUUCAAGGUUAACUUUGGCAAGGACCGCUGCGGUAACCCACCUCGUCAGAUGCAACAGGCUCAGUCUCCUCGUGGAGAUGGUGUAUCUUCUCCUCCACCUAAUGGAUCCCAAAAUAGCGGUUCUCCUACCAACGGCAAUACCCCUCAGCAAUCCGCUGCUCUCUUCAAUGCCAACAGUAACCCUCUGACGAUGUACCUGAAUCAGGUGUCCCAUCAGGCUCAGCAACAGCAGCACCAUCAACAGCAACAGAUUGCUGCUCAGCAAAAUGCUUUGUUCGGCACAGCCCAGCCGUCGCCUAGCGAUCUCGAUCUCGGCAUCUCUCAACUUGGCAUCUCUCAGCAAGGUCCCGUUUCCGGCCAUGGUCAGUCGGCAAGUAUUUCGAAUGGAUACCCGGCGAACAGCGCAGCACCUGGCUCCACUACCAUUGGCGGUCUGCUAGCUCCCGGUCGUGGUCAGCACAGCCGGGCUGUCAGUCUUCCUGUGCUUGCUCCAGGAUUCGAGAACGGCGGUAACUCUAACGGCAUGCCCGCUGAGAACGAGCGACGAGGUCACCACUAUCAAGCCAGCUAUGGCGGUAUGGGAUCUGGAUUUGGUCUCGCCAUCCAAGGAGGUUUGAACGGAUGGGUUGAGGAGGAGGUUGCUAACUAA